AGAUCUGUGCUCAGUAUGGGAACAAUUAACUAACAGAUUGCAUAUAAAUUCUCUGAUUACUUUCAGGGAUGGAAGAGUGAAUUCUUACAAAGCCAUUCCUGGAUACGAUGGUGAUGUGGCUCUAUCAUCUGCAUCAAAUUGCUUGUUGGUUUUGACCCUGCGUGGUGGGCUGAGCUGUUCUGCCUUCCUCGCUCAUUGCUCUUUGAACAAUCUUCCCAAAUGUGCAUGCUGGACUGAAGGUCCCAGUGAGUGGAAAACCCUUCUCCUAUCAGGAUCAUUCAAGGGUGAAGCAUCUCCUGAGAAGCAGAAGACCCUGUGAAGCAGGUCCAGAAAUGUCCUUGGUGUGUUUGACAGACUUUCAGGCCCAUGCACGAGAGCGGCUGUCUAAGUCAACUCGGGAUUUUAUUGAAGGUGGAGCUGAUGACAGCAUCACGCGGGAUGACAACAUUGCAGCAUUUAAAAGAAUUCGUCUCCGUCCCCGGUACCUGAGAGAUGUGUCUGAGGUGGACACCAGAACCACAAUCCAAGGGGAGGAGAUCAGUGCCCCUAUUUGCAUCGCACCCACAGGGUUCCACUGCCUCGUCUGGCCUGAUGGGGAAAUGAGCACAGCAAGAGCUGCCCAAGCAGCUGGUAUCUGCUACAUCACCAGCACAUUUGCCAGCUGUAGCCUUGAAGACAUUGUUAUUGCAGCUCCUGAAGGCCUCCGAUGGUUCCAACUCUAUGUGCAUCCAGACCUGCAGCUGAACAAACAGUUGAUCCAGAGGGUAGAAUCCCUAGGUUUCAAAGCUUUGGUAAUAACUUUGGAUGCACCUGUAUGUGGCAACAGGCGACAUGACAUUCAAAACCAUUUGAGGAGGAACUUAACACUAACAGAUCUUCAGUCACCUAAAAAGGGAAAUGCAAUACCUUAUUUCCAGAUGACUCCUAUCAGCACUUCUUUCUGCUGGAAUGAUCUCUCCUGGUUUCAGAGCAUAACUCGAUUGCCCAUCAUCCUUAAAGGGAUUUUGACAAAAGAGGAUGCAGAGUUAGCUGUGAAGCACAAUGUCCAGGGCAUCAUUGUUUCCAACCAUGGUGGGAGGCAGCUUGAUGAGGUUCUCGCUUCAAUUGAUGCUUUGACAGAAGUGGUGGCUGCUGUAAAGGGGAAAAUUGAAGUCUACCUGGAUGGCGGGGUCCGAACUGGCAAUGACGUGCUGAAGGCUCUGGCCCUUGGAGCUAAGUGCAUUUUUCUUGGGAGACCAAUCCUAUGGGGCCUUGCCUGCAAGGGUGAACAUGGUGUUAAGGAAGUUUUGAACAUUUUAACAAAUGAGUUCCACACUUCCAUGGCCCUUACAGGCUGCCGGUCAGUCGCUGAGAUCAAUCGAAACUUGGUCCAGUUUUCCAGGCUGUAAGAAAAAAAGGCGAAUAACCAGACUGCUGAGGUUGCCCACAGGAGGAUCACAAACUCACAGCACAGUGUGUGAUGCUGUCCUUCCCGGACCCCAUCCUGUCCGGAGGCUCAUGAUCCAUAUUUCCCAUAUUUCCAAUACCUCCACCCCUGUGCUUCAGGCCCUCCAAACCCCUGUGUUCCCCAAAUGUUCCAUGCCCUUCUUUGUAUCACUGACUAUUAUAUGUUGCUCUCUUGCCUAAAAUCUUCCUCUGAAGUAAAAGAUCUCAAAAGGACAGAUCAUUAAUGACUGGAACCACUAGUGGGUGAUAUUUUUUGCAUACU